GUCUGAUAAAACCUCCCUGUUCACUUCCUACACUAUGCUACUAUUUGUAUCAUGUGUUUUUCCUUAUUGUCAUAGAUCUUCAAACAUGAGGAUGGAUCAAAGUACCGUACGCUGACAGUUUUUGGAUUGAGCUCACUGAGACGAGGAAGUGCUGCUGAAUCAUCUGAUCUGUUGCUGCUUCAGAUGUCAUAUAUUGCAUGAUUUUUUUUCCCACAUCAAAACAAACUCUGAAGCAAUGAUUCUAUGAUAAAUAUUUGAUGCGCAUAUUGACGCUUCAGUGUCGCAACACCAUCACUACUUAAAUAUUAGAUGGUGAGAAAGUAAGCAGACCUGUGGCUUGAAACAGAGCACAGUAGACGUACACUGAAUGCUAUUAAUUUUUGUCAAAUGGAGAAAUGGCACACCAGCAGAACCAAGAAAAACUCAUGUGUUCGGUCUGUUUGGACCUUUUCAAAGAUCCGGUGACGAUUCCUUGCGGACACAGCUACUGUUUGCCCUGUAUUUCACAUUUUUGGGAUGAAGAGGAUCAGAGAAGGCACAGCUGUCCUCAGUGCAGGCAGAGCUUCACACCCAGGCCAGUUCUGAUGAAAAACAUCAUUUUAGCAGAGUUAAUAGAUGAUCUAAAGGGAGCAGCUGCACCUGAUCAUUGCUACGCAGGACCUGAAAACGUGGCCUGUGAUUUGUGCACUGGGAGAAAGCUGAAAGCCUCCAAGUUCUGUUUUAAGUGUAUGGUCUCGUAUUGUGAGCAGCACAUCCAGCCUCACUAUGAUGAUGAUCAAUUAAAGAAGCACAAGCUCUCAGACAUCCAGAACACUGUCUGUUUUCGCCAUCAUGAGGUGAUGAAGAUUUUUUGCCGCACUGAUCAUCAGUGUAUCUGUCAUCUGUGCUCGGUGGAUGAACAUGAUGGCCACGACACAGUCUCAGCUGCAAUAGCAAGGGCUGAGGGGCAGGAAGAGCUCGGAAUCAGUCGGCAAAAUAUCCUAAAGAGGAUCCAGGAAAGAGAAAAAUAUGUGAUGGCAAUUCAGCAAGGAGUGAAUGCCAUCAAUCACACAGCUAAUCAGACUGUCAAGGAAUGUGAAAACAUGCUUGCUGUACUGAAAUGUUUAAUUCAGAAAAAAAGCACUGAAGUGAAGAAGCAGGUCGGAUCUCAAGCAGAGGCUGAAGUGAUGUGGUUAACAGAGGUUCAGAAGAAGAUCCAAGAGGAGAUCGAUGAGCUGAAGUGCAAAGACACUGAGCUGAAGCAAUUCUCUCAAACAGAAGAUCACAUCCAUUUUCUGAACAACUACUCUUCACGUUCAUGUGUGGGUGAAUCUACAGACUUACCCAGCGUCAACUUCAGCAAAACUCUGUCAUACUUAAAUUAUGUGAAGGCAGCUGUGUCAGAGUCCACAAAUAAAAUGAAGGUAGUUCUGGAUGAAGAAUUGAAUAAAUUAUCAUCUUCAGUGGCUAAAGUGAGGGUUUCACUGCUACAAAAUAACCUCCAAACCGGGCCAGAGCUUCAGAGGCAUUUUUGUAACAUUACACUGGAUCCAAACACGACACACAAACGUUUGUUUCUGUCUAAUGAGGGAAAAAAAGUGACCAUAACAGAUCAAGACCAGAGUUACUCUAGUCACCCAAGCAGGUUUGUUGAAUGCCAGCAGGUCCUGAGUAGAGACGGUCUGACCGGAUGUCAUCACUGGGCGGUGGAGUGGAGUGGGACUGUUAGUAUAGCAGUCACAUACAAUGGCAUAAGCAGAACAGGGACCUUGAAAGAAUGUGCAUUUGGAUGGAAUAACAAGUCAUGGGCAUUAAGGUGUGACAGCAGCCAUUACGAAUUUUGGCACAACAACAUCUCAAUUCCAAUUUCAGGUCCACUUUCCUCCAGGGUAGGAGUUUACCUGGAUUACAAGGCAGGCAUUUUGUCUUUUUACAGUAUUUCUGAAACCAUGACUCUCCUCCACACAGUUAAGACCAAGUUCACUCAGCCUCUCUAUCCUGGAUUUUGGCUUCCAGGUUUCACUGGAGAUAGCAUCCAGUUGCUUGAGUUGCUUGCUUAACCCCGUCAAUUGAUUGACAGGGUUAUCUUCUUUUGCUGACUCUUGAUUUUGGAAAAUAAUACAAAUGUGUAAAAUAUAGUACUGAAAAUGUGCAUUUUCUUUUCUAUUUGUCAUUGGAAAUAUAUUUAUUCUAGAAAGAGUGGUGGAAGGUACUCUUCUAUAUCAUCAAAUCUCAGGAUCUGAAAUUCUUUUUGUACCAGUGCUGAUAAAGCAUUUUUUUUAAUCUACAGAUGUGUAAAACUUAGAUGGAUUUUUUUUUUUUUUUUUUAAAUCUGUUUCAGUUGUAUGUUGAUGAAUAUAAUAUAGUGUUUAUGUUCUGUAAUGCAGUGGAUACAGUGGUGUACACACUGAUAUUCCAUAAAUUAAAUACAAUUUCUUUAAUGUAGUUACCUCCAUUUAAUUUUUGGUGUCACUCAAAUGCAAAGUGCUGUUCUGAGGAAUAUUGAUUGUUAAACUCACACUACUGAAGCUACUUACUCUCGUAUUAACCACUAGUAUCUUAAAAGAUUUGAUAUUUCUGAAGCAGUAGAAUGUACGACAACACAAUAAAAGGCAAAUCUAAUUCUGCAUGACACAAAACCUAAGAUCACCAGGAGCUGAAAUUAUUGUUCUUGCACUAAAACGUUGGUAACAGUGGAAAAAAUUAAGUAUGAGUUUGUUUAUUUUCCUUUGAAAUUGUUAGUUUCAUAUUAUAUUGUGAGGAAACUGCAUAUUUUUCUGAAUGCCUAUUGAUCUAAAACUUUCAAACAUUCCAUGUUUACAUGUAUUGUUAUUGUUAUUCUGUUGUUUUAUUCGGUAUUUGGUAUUGGUUUAUUGUUUAAAUUUAAAUUUUUUAAUUGUAAAGUUUUUUCAUGUCUUU